GUGUUUUGCGCGUGAAGCGUAUGGGCUACUGUGAGGCCCAACAGGAGGGUUACGUCUUCUGUGAGUCGCACUUCCUGCAACGAGCAAGUGACAAAUCCAUUGUCCACGUGCGGCCAAGCCUUUCCGACUGGAGGCUGUACGAGGCCACGUUCGACAACGGUGAUCCAGGAUAUGAGCUGCUGGAAGAGCGAAGCGAUCUGGCAACCCAGCAUAACCGCAUCGUGGACGUCGCCAGUUUGGUGGGCGAGGCGGACAUCAACAGCUUCUACACCACCGACCACCUGGAUGCCUUUCAUCUGAUGCUGUACGAUUCGCUGUCCGGCUUCGAGCAGCUCGUAUGCAAAUGUGCCGCCUUUUUGGGCCAAAAGUUUCUGCGAGCCUGCCUCCUGUACACCAUGGCAACCGAGAGCGAAUGGGACGUAGCCAUCGCGACGAAGAAACUGUUUGACCUUCAAAUACUGUCGUGCGCGAUUGGUGACUUCAGCGAGGGUUUCCGGCUAGCGCAAACCAACGUUAACAGCGAGGGAUUACGUCGGGGCGAGUGCGCUUGUAAGGCACUAGACAUCGAUCGCACGUGUAAGGAUCUACCCAAGUACGCGGUUUGCGGGUACUCCAAGUUCAACUCGCGGGAGUUCCACCAAACCGUCUACAACCUUGUGACGGAGGAGCAGAAAAAGCAAUACCACACGAAUGCGCUGGUGUUCAUUGAAAGCGAGAUGAAAAAAUGCAACUCUUGUGGUGCUAGACCUUUUCGAAAUUUAAUGACGAGCGAUGAAAUGUAUGAAGUGCAGAGCGGGUGUCGUACUACGGUUUACAGUGAUGCAUACGAACCCUCAAUGAACAGCAAUACCAGCCGCUUUUCUGUUAGCUCUUCUCGAUAUUCAUUCCAAUGGCUGGACUGCCUCAAGCAACGACGAUCGUCGACGCGGAGGGUGGCGCUGCUGAGUUACGGGGCGUACAACUUUCUCUCCUGCAACUGCAACAUGAUCCUGUACGGUAUGUUCCGCGAGAUAGCGCUGCACAGCAAGGGGGCUGGCAUGAUGGAAAAGUGCAUCGAGGCCAGAAUCGAGUGGGCUCGAAUAUGCAUCAAAAUGAGCAACAUCCCGAAGGCGCUCUCCAUCCUUGACGAAGCGAAACGAUUUAUGGUGCAAAUCGAUACCGCAAAGAAUGUGGCUCUGGUGACGUACCUUAAAGGACGAAUGUACACCUUGCAGGCGAGAGGAAAGUACUGCCUGGAACAGUACGAUCGUUCACUUGAGCUAUACUACCACGCAGCCACAACACUCGGUAGAAGUUUCCCACGCAGCCGCGUGGUGGCUCGCCUCAGGAGCACACUGUUGCUGAGCUCGAUAAAGCGACUAUUAGAUCGUGGCCGGAUGCCCGCCAGAAGGAACAAUCUCUUCUACUGUCUCAUCGUAUCGCAGAUCGCCAGUUGCUUCAACGGAAUGCACAAACUGUUCACGAAGCUGUGUGACUGGGACCGAGCAGCCCUCGCGGCCAUCUGGGGACUGGAGCAUGCACUGCAGUACCGAAAGGAUUCCACCAUUUUGGUCAACUCGUUCGCGAAUCUUUUCCAUACUGCGUACCAUGUUGGGUUUUCGGAGAGCAUCUACUGGAUGCAGGAGUGUUCGCUGGAGGUCGUCGCAAGCAAUAUCGACCAGGUCGAUGCCGACUACCUCCACGCAGUGGUUCGCUUCUAUUCGGCCCUCUUCCUGUGCCAAACGCUCAAGUCAAAGAAAGCCCUAUCGAUCGAGCUGGGCCGGGUGGUGCUGCAGAUCACCGAUAAGCUCCAGCAGCAGGCAAACGAAUGGCACAUCAUACCGAUCCUGUGCGAGCUGCUGCUAUCGCAUCGCCGCAUCGCCGACACGGUGGAGACGCUGGCCAGUCUGCAGCGGCUGAUCGAGCACUAUCAGUACCGGGCCGGUUACAUCUGGUACCAUGCGCUCUGCCUCGAUACGCUGCUCGACACGAGCUGCUGCAUCGAACCGUACCGGGUGUGCGAGAACUUUUACUUUCAGAACCGCGAUUGCUUCGUGGCACCGAGCGAUCCGCUGGCAAGCGGCCGGCUGUUUGCCAAUCUGUGGCUCUGGUGCGUCCGGUAUGGGGCGUGGGUGGCGGCCGACAACUGGCUCACGUUGCUGCAGGAACGGUUCGUGCUGUCGGCGCACGAUUCCACCAUCAACGUGCACACGGCCAUCCGGCUGGUCGAGGGCAUGAUACUGACCCUGAUCUACCACAUCGAGGCCCGCAACACGCUGAUGAUCGGCCGGGUGCGUACCAGCAUCGAGGAGCUGCUGGCGAGCAUCGAGCAGGCACUCCGCAUCAGCCGGAACCACGUCGCCAAGUACGAGCUGAUGCGGCUCUACUACCGGCAGGUGGUGGCCCCUCGGUCGAUGGUGGCGUUGCGCCACCGACUGGCGCUCGCCGCCAAACGUGCCACCAUCCGGAAUGACCUGCUUUGCCUCGAACACAUCCGACACACGGCCAAGUUUUGGCACCGGGAGCUACCGGUGGCCCUGGAAACCUUCUGGUUGGAUCACGCUGCCGGAAGUGAACGAAAUAGCGGCGACAGCAGCAAUGGCAGCGCCGCCGCCGCUGCCGCCGGCCACAGCAACGAGCAGCUGUACGAUUAUGCCAGCUGUAUACUGAAUCAUGAAAGAAUCUAUCCUUAUUCAAUGCCAUUGCCAAGAGCUCGGUUCCGCUGA